AUGAGAAAACCUGUUGUGGAGAAGAUGCGCAGAGACCGUAUCAACAAUAGCAUCGAGCAGCUGAAAGCGCUGCUUGAAAACGAGUUCAAAGCGAAUCAGUCCAGCUCCAAGCUCGAGAAAGCAGACGUUCUCGAAAUGGCCGUGUUUUAUUUGCGGGGCAGUGCGUAUCCAACUACCCAAUGCCACUCGCCUGCUCCCCGCCAGAGUUACACGGAGGGAUUCACCAAAUGCCUGGAGGAAACUCUGCACUUCCUGUCCAUGCACGAGCGAUCCAAAGACUCUCAACACAAACUGCUGAAACACUUUCACCGGGCGGAAUGGAAGGGUGACAGAGACCAGCGCAGCCCGGCGGUCGCAGAGCAUUGCCCUACCGCCGUCCGUGCUCCAAAACGCGCUGGAACAAGCGACAGAAAUCCGCUGUGGAGGCCGUGGUGA